AUGGCCGGUGACGUCAUUGGGGACACGGAAAUGCCCCUCAGGAAACCCCCCGUUACCCUGCCAGGACCUGCCGUUACCAUGGGAACCAAGCCGGAAGUGCCCCGGCACUUCCGGGGAAAGUCCUGCGACGUGCCCAUCCACGCCGGCGGCCGCGUCUUCGCCGCCCACGGCAGCGUCCUGGCGGCCGCCUCGCCCUUCUUCCACGACAAGCUGCUGCUGCGCGCCGGCCCGCGCCUGGCGCUGCCGCCCGCCGUCGACGCCGGCGCCUUCGAGGGGCUGCUGGAGCUCAUCUACUGCGGGCGGCUGAGCGUGGCCGCCGAGGCGCUGCCCGGGCACCUGCUGGUGGCCAGCGCCCUGCAGAUGUGGCACGUGGUGGAGAGGUGCUCGCAGAUCCUCAGGGAGAUGGAGGGGGAGGAGAACAGCCGUGGUGGUGAAGGGUCAUCAUCAUCAUCCUCAAAGGACGUCCGUGGUGAUGGGUCAGGGUCAUCGAGGGAUGUCCACGGUGGUGAAGGGUCAGCGUCAUCCUUGAGGAACAUCCAUGGUGGUGAAGCAUCAUCAUCAUCCUCAAGGAGCAUCCAUGGUGGUGAAGGCCCAUCCUUGAAGAACAUCCCUGGUGAUGAAGGCUCCUCCUUGAAGAACAUCCCUGGUGAUGAAGGCCCAUCCUUGUGGAACAUCUGCGAUGGUCAUGAGUCCAUCUAUGGUCUUGAUGGACCGUCUUUAUCGUCACCGAAGUCCAUCUGUGGCCGUGACGGGUCCAUCCGUGGUCUGAAAGGCUCCAUCCGUGGCCGUGAGGGGUCAUUGUGGGCCAAACAUGGCCGCGAAGGAUCUCCAUCGUCAUCGUCACCAGGGGCCGUCCAUGGUCGUGAAGGGUCUUCAUCGUCAUGGAACGUCCGUGAUGGAGAUGGGUCCAUCCGUGGUCUUGAUGGGUCCAUCCAUGGUCUUGAUGGGUCUUCGCCUUCGUCAUCGUCGUCAUCGCGGGCCACCUGUGGUCCCAGCGGGUCAUCGCGUGCCAGCCGUGGUGGAGGAAGAUCUUCAUCAUCCUCCUCCUCCUCCUCGUGGACCCUCCGUGGUGGCGCCGCGGCCGCGCGGCUCAAGCGCGCUGGAGAAGGGCCCUCGUCAUUGUCAUCGUGGGGUUCCCACGGUGGUGAGGGGAGCAGCCGUGGUGACAUCGGGACCAUUUGUGGUGGCAGUGGGACCAUUUGUGGUGAUGAUGGGACCAUCCAUGGUGACAUCAGGACCGUUCGUGGUGACGACAGGACCAUCCAUGGUGACACCAGAACCAUCCAUGGUGACAUCAUAACCAUCCAUGAUGAUGAUGGAACCAUCCGUGGUGACACCAGAACCAUCCAUGAUGAUGAUGGAACCAUCCAUGGUGACAUCAGAACCAUCCAUGAUGAUGAUGGGACCAUCCAUGGUGACUUCAGAACCAUCCAUGAUGAUGGAACCAUCCAUGAUGAUGGAACCAUCCAUGGUGACUUCAGAACCACCCGUGGUGACGCCAGAACCAUCCAUGGUGACACCAGAACCAUCCAUGGUGACAUCAUAACCAUCCAUGAUGAUGAUGGGACCAUCCAUGGUGACAUCAGAAACAUCCGUGAUGACAUCAGAACCAUCCGUGAUGAUGAUGGGACCAUCCAUGGUGACAUCAGAAACAUCCGUGAUGACAUCAGAACCAUCCAUGAUGAUGAUGGGACCAUCCAUGGUGACACCAGAACCAUCCACGACGUCACCAUGAGAAUCCACGACACCACCCCGCCUUCCUCCUCCUCAUGGCCUCCCCUCCCCCUCGAUCUCCUCCAUCUCCGCCCGCGCCGCGCGCCGGAUGUCCCCUCCUCCUCUUCCUCCUCCUCCUCCUCCUCCUCCGUCUUGUCCAUCAAACCCGAGGCCGCCGCGGCCGCCGUGGGCGCGUGGACGCCGCUGGACCUGCACGGCAACGCGCUGCCGCGGCGCGGGGGGACGCCGGCGCACGCCCCGGUGAAGCUGGCGGCGGCGCCGGCGGACGGGAAGCGCUUCGGCUGCGCGUGCGGGAAACGCUUCGCGGCGCGGCCCAAGCGCGACCGCCACGUCCUGCUGACCCUGAGCCUGCGGCCCUUCCCCUGCGGCCGCUGCCACAAACGCUUCAAGCUCAAACAUCACCUCAGGGAGCACCUGAAAACGCACCGGGGGCGCCAGGGGGACGGGACGGGGUGGGGCGGACCGGUAUAG